AUGUCGACCCAAGAUGGCCCGUUAUAUCUGGGCUUUGAUCUCUCGACCCAACAGUUGAAAGCAAUCGUCAUAACAUCAGAACUGAAGGUUCUGUACGAAGCCAAGGUGGAUUUUGAUGCAGACCUUUCCAAGUAUGGAAUCAAGAAGGGUGUUAUCAUCCACGAGGAGGAGCACGAAGUCAUUGCUCCCGUGGCUAUGUGGCUGGAAGCCGUGGACUUAGUCCUCCAGCGACUGAAAGAAAAGAACACCCCAUUCGAAAGAAUCAAGGGUAUUUCAGGAGCUGGCCAGCAGCAUGGAAGUGUCUACUGGAGCAAGAAAGGCGAGGAAUUGCUCGGGGCUCUCGAUCCUAAGGAGCCUAUAGUGUAUCAACUAGCCCCAGUGGCAUUUGCCCAUCCAUUCAGCCCGAACUGGCAAGAUGCGAGCACUCAAAAGGAGUGUGACAGCUUUGAUGCUGAGCUAGGGUCCCCGGAGAAGCUUGCCCAGGCUACUGGAAGCAAAGCUCAUCAUCGUUUCACAGGCCCCCAAAUCAUGCGUUUCCACAAGAGAAAUCCGGAAGUCUAUCGUGCAACCUCGAGAAUUACUCUUGUCUCUUCGUUCCUUGCAUCCGUUUUCCUAGGACGUAUUGCCCCAUUUGACAUUAGCGAUGUUUGUGGCAUGAAUCUCUGGGAUAUCAGCUCCGGAUCCUGGAGCGAGCCUCUCCUCGCCCUUGCCGCUGGCGAAGAUGGACCUGAAAACCUCAAGCUAAAGCUGGGUGAUGUUCGAGAGGAUGGUGGUGGGAGCAUGGGACCUAUCUCCUCUUACUUUGUCUCCCGCUACAACUUCUCUCCUGAUUGUGGCAUUGUGCCUUUCACCGGCGAUAACCCAGCCACAAUCCUUUCAUUACCCCUUCGCCCUCUGGAUGCCAUUGUAUCUCUAGGCACCUCAACUACGUUCCUAAUGUCUACACCUAAAUAUCUCUCUGAUCCGUCUUACCACUUUUUCAACCACCCGACCACGGCAGGUCUAUACAUGUUCAUGCUGUGUUACAAAAACGGCGGACUCGCACGAGAAAAGACCCGCGAUACCCUCCCGCAGCCUACAACAUCAUCCGACCCCUGGGCAACGUUCAACGAAGCUGCUCUCUCCACUCCUCCUCUAGGCCAAAAAUCGCCCACGGAUCCCGCAAAACUCGGUCUCUUCUUCCCACUUCCAGAAAUAGUUCCCAACGUCAAACCAGGCACAUACCGCUACACCUGCAACGACGACGGCUCAAACUUGCAAGAAUCAAACGAAGAGUGGAGCAAAGAGGUAGACGCCCGUGCAAUCGUGGAGUCACAAGUCCUCUCCCUCCGUCUCCGCUCGCACAACCUCGUCCAUAGCCCUAAAAACGGUCUGCCACCACAGCCUGGACGGAUAUACCUCGUGGGAGGUGGUUCGCUCAACCCCGCUAUUGCACGUAUCAUAGGUGAUGUUCUUGGUGGUGCGGAAGGCGUGUGGAAGUUAGACGUUGGCGGUAAUGCGUGUGCGUUAGGUGGUGCUUACAAGGCUGUAUGGGCUAUUGAGCGGAAAGCCGGGGAGAGCUUUGAGGAGUUGAUUGGAGGUCGUUGGAGGGAGAGUGAGGCGGUUGUUAAGGUGGAUGAUGGUUAUCGGGAGAAGACGUGGGGGACAUACGGAAAGGUGCUUAAGACUUUUGAACAGAUGGAGGGAGAUGUGUUGAAGAAGCAGGAUAGUACUAAAUAG